GAUUUCUCGCUGAGAGACUGGGAGAGAGAGAGAGAGAGAGAGAGAGAGAGAGAGAGAGAGAGAGGGUAAAUGUUUCAGUGAGAGAGGCAGAAAGAAGAGACAGAGGGUGAGGAAGACUCCGCCGGGCUUUGUGCAACUGAAACGUCGUGUUCACUUGAACUGAAGAAAGACCUGUAAACAACGUUGCUGGAAAAGCGUGAGAAAUCUCCCAAGUUAGACGAACUAUGGACGGGACGUUUAUGUCGGGACGCAUGUCUUUGCGGUGCACCUUGCUGCUUCUGGGACUGCAAGUGUGCUGGUCAACAGUGACGGUGACGGUGACCCCUAAAGUGGAGGUGAUUCAGGGGGAGGCGGUCAAACUUCCCUGCACCUACGAGACCUCGGAGGAGUCCAAGAUGAUCGUGGUGGACUGGCUCAUUGAGAGCGCCGGUACGAGGACUCGUCUGGUGUUCCGCUCCGGCGCCGAGUCCAAGGUGGACGAUGGCACCCCGUACACGAGCCGGGUCAUCAUGGGCACGGACAACUCGCUGAGCAUCGACGCCGCCGCCGUGAGCGACGAGCGGGCCUUCAUCUGCCAGGUCAACGGAGGAGUGAUCGGCGUCUCCGAGGCUCGCACCGAACUCAAAGUCUUCUCUGCCCCGGAGGAGCCUGAAGCUGUGGGCAACACCCAGCUCCUCUCAGUGACCGCUAGUGCGCCCGAGGAGAUUGGCCGCUGCACAGCCAAGAAUGGUCAUCCACAGCCUCGCAUCAUCUGGUACAAAGACGCCAGCCCUCUUCCUGAGAUCAAGGACAUCAACGAGGACAUGUACAUGGUGCCGUCUGUGGUGAAAGAAUCUUCCGGUCUCUUCACCAUCAACAACCUGCUCUACCUGAAGGUGCAGAAAGCCGACAAGGACUCCAAGUUCCACUGCGUGGUGGAGUACAUGAUGCCCAACAGUGACCCUAAACAGAAGAGCUCCCAGUCCUUCUCCCUCAACAUGCACUACCCCAUGGAGGUCAUGACCUUUUCCACACUCGGUGAUGGUCCAUUCAAAGAGGGCGACGAUGUCACCAUGAAGUGUAUGACAGAUGGGAACCCCCAGCCCACAUUUGACUUCGCUGCAGCUGGUAAGACCAUCACUGGUGAGGGUGGACUGGUGACCCUGGAGAAGGUGACCCGCGACAGUGCCGGCGAAUACACGUGUUCAUUUUUGGACUGUGACUUCAGCGACUGCGACGAGAUCUCCAGGAACCUGAACCUGGCUGUGCACUACCUGGACCCAGUGGUGAUCGCCCCAGCCGGACCCUUGACCGCCAAAAAGGGAGACACCGUGGAGCUUCAGUGCAAGACCAAAGCCUCCGGCGACUACACCCUGGUCUGGAAGAAGGACUCCAAGGACCUGUCUCAGACCGGAGCACUGUCGCUGACGGCCGUGUCACUGGCGGACGCCGGCGACUACUUAUGUGUGGGUUCCAUGCCCUCAGUGCCUGGCCUAGUCAAGGAGGCCACCGUCACCCUCGUUGUCGCAGGUGCCCCUGAGAUCGUUGCCCCCACUAACGGAGAGGUGGAGAAGGAGGGCGACAUGGUGACCCUCACCUGCUCUGCUCAGGGACAUCCCGCUCCACAGUUCACCUGGACACCAUCUGGCAAAGAGUCUGUGGACAUGAAGGGCAAUGAGAUGGUGAGCACUGUGACCUUGGAGGCCACGGCUGAGGUCAUGAAGAACGGUGUUGUUUGCAAAGUGAGCAAUGAACAUGGAGAAGACAUGAAAACCAUCCAGGUUGCCCUCAAGACAGCUGGUUCCAAUGAGGCCGAUGGUGGCGACAGAGCGGGCAAGCAGCAGGGCGGUUCCAGCGGAGUGGUGAUCGCCGUGGUGAUUUGCGUGCUGCUGCUCCUCAUUGUGGUGGCUGCGCUCUACUUCCUGAAUAAGAAGGGCAUGCUGCCCUGCGGCAAGAAGGACAAGAAGGAAGUUGCGGGUGGAGAGGUGAACAAUGACAUCGUGGUGGAGAUGAAGUCUGGAGAGAAGGGCAACGAGGAGUCGGAGCUUCUGAACAAGUCGGGACAGUGAUGAAAGGAGGACGCGUCCAAGAGGAAGAUGAAGAGGGGGAGAAGAGGAGGAGGAGGGGACAGCGGAGAUGGGAGCGGUGCUGAUUCCACGUUUUUGUUUCUGAAAAUAGGGAAAAUCAGAAAGAGGACUUUGGGGGAAAAACAAAAUGGGUUCACGUGAACAAUUGCAUUGGUUUUGUUGGGGAGGAAAGAGGCUAUGACUCUGGGGUGAUGACUUCAAAUGGGGAGGGA